CAAGUGUCAGCAGUAGUCGACUAUAGUCCAGCAAGUCGGCGGUGUACCGUUCAAGUUUAGGCGGCAAAUCGCAUUGUGUUCUGUGACGUCUGUGGGAUUAUCUCAAUUCGGGUAUUUCCUAACGAACAACCGUUCGGAACCCAGUGGGUGGCGGUCGUGGCAUGCACAUGCCAACGCUUGUUUGGGGAGGAAAUAUCCGCGGUUCGGGAAUGGUGGAGCAGUGACUUUGACUCCUCCAAAUAUUGCUCUCACCUUCCUUGAGAUUUCCGACACGAUGAACUUCUCGUCUUCUGCACGUUGGCUGGCGGUGCGUCAGUCCCAGACCCUGGGUCACACGACGCGCGCCACUGUUGCUGCGGGCCGGCGAGUGCUGGCGCAUUCCCCAGCAGCUACGGAGUUCACUUCCUUUCAAAGUUUGCACAUCGGCGGCGAUGUUUGUAAACUUCCGUUAGCAGUGGCCCUGGGUGCUGCGCCGUCAGCCCUCGGAUAUGGAUCAGCGAAGCAUAACCAACAGAGGCAAUACGCCACCCUUGGGUCUGGCUGGUCUUUCUCCAAGGUCCAGUACACCAAGUACCGCAUAACCAAGCCAUGGACAACAGACACAACAUUCGACGACAUCAUUCUCUCACAGCCAUCAAAGGAAGAUUUUGCCAAGUUUACCAAGGAGGCUCCUCUCUUCCUCAGAUUCCUGAAACUUGUGACGGAUGUUGAGGGGCGUCAAGAAGCAUUCAUCCAGUUCGCAAAGAGGUGCGAGAAUGGCUUAACGGUGGAGAAAGAUGUCUACGUCACGAAGAAGGAGCUGGUCGACUGCCUGUGGAAGAAUGGCUACACAGACACGGAGAUAAAUGCGUUUGAAAUUGCCUUUCCGGCGGACUAUAAGUUCCAUUACCCAGAAUUAGCUGUUCUUUUCGAUUUGACGGAGGAGGACUGCUACAAAUAUUGCAUACGCCAACGUGCAGCGACGCCCGAAGAGUUGGUGGAGCUCAAGUACACAAAACCAAAGAACCUGGUGUCCUCGUACGGACUCUGCUUCCUGGGUGUCUGGUUUGGGUUGUCUAACACCGUCCUGAGCAACGCCUGGUUCUACUCCAAAACAUUUCCCUUCGGCGCGGUAUUCUACAUGCUGGGGUCUUAUUUUUACCGGGAUAUUCGUGAGAAGCUCUGGAAAGAGGAGAAGUCCCUUAUUCACACCGCGCAAGAGAACAAGAAUAUGGGUGAAGAGUCUGUGUACAAGCAGAUGAAGAAAUACGCCACUGACACCAAAUGCUUGGACUACCUCUCGACAUUCCGGACCGAGGUCGAGGACCAAAUAGCAAACUACAAAGUUGCGCUUGUUUCUCAAAUGAGACGUCAGCUGACUGAACGGCUCGUGGAGAAGCUGAAUGGUAUCCAGCAGGCGGAAAAGCUUAUUCAGGGCUCCCUGCAGGACGUGAUGAUUCGCGAGAUCGUUUCUUCCUUCAAGGAUUUAUACAAGAGUCGACCUGAGCUUCAUGAUGCCGCAAUGCAGAGUGCUAUUCAAGGGUUGUCAGGAUCCGACGGCGCGAUGGACCCUGUUGGAGCGCACUUCAAGGCGUCUUUGCAGGAAUUGGCGAAAGUGAACUUGUCCACUGCGACUGCCGAUCCGAUGGGAACAGUCGUGCAAAGAGUUGCCGCUGUCUUCCAGAAGCGGGAGAAGGAAUUCUUAGACACAUUCACAGUCAAGGCUACAGAGGCACAGGAGAUAAAGACAAUCGUGGACAAGUGCCACAAGGGUAACACAUUUGACUUCCACGCGUUGUCCGACGAGGAACUGCGCAGACUCGAACAGUUGUAUUCAACGGUCAAUAACAGAGUCGGUUUCGAGACCAUUCACGAAAAUUCUAUCAAGCCCGUCGCCCCGUUGAGUGAGAACUCGAAAGGGUUUGUUGAGUUCGUCAAUACACAGCUGGAGAUCACCAAGGCGAAGCUACGGAAUGCGCGAUUGACCGCUUUUGCACACGCCUUCGUAUAACGUUUCCUCAGCGGGAAGUGUUAAAGAUCUUUCCAUUUGCUGGGCAGUGGCGAUAGUGGUGUCGGUGGCCGAGAAAACCGAAUCCCUUGUGUCCACACUGCAUCUUGUCCCACGCAUCAGCACAUACUAGAUGCGAGGAAUGCUCCGACUUGCAUAUACUCCUCUGGUGGCACUUUCGGUUCGGCACCAAAUUGGGCAUUGCACAACAAAGUGUAAAUGGGGGAGAGGCUGUUGGUAGAGGGUAGACUGCGGCCCACUCACCACUAUGAAAGGGUACAACAGACCGCAGGGAAACGGAUUUGAGAAACAUGAUGUGGAGCCUUUACUGGCUGAUCGAAAGAUGAGGUGUCGUCGGUCGCUGGCGGUGGCGGGGCUUCCUAGUGCAGUGGGUGGUGCUGCUAGGUGAAGGUGUUUGCUUGUCGUGGCAGUGCGUUGUUUUGACCAGUCGGCAGCGCAGAUUAGCCACUUCCGCUCAAUAGCAUUUGUGUGACAC